AUGCCGGCGACGAGGGAGAGGAGGAGGAAGAGUCGUGGUCGUGUGCACUCUUGGUCUUCUUCUUCUGCGGUACUUUCUGCGUACGCGAAUCAAACGUUAAAACCGAUUGGAAUUCAUAUAAACGGCGAAUGCACGUCGUUCCACCAUCGCGCGCGAGAAGAACGCUCUCGCCUACUCUCGAUCUUAAAAACGAACAAAACGACGUCAUUCAAUGGAAAAGUACGCGACGAAAUCGCCUUGCUCGAAAAGCUCUGCAAAAAUUCCCACGCGCAACACCGAAGGUCGAAAUUGUUUCAAAGUGUACAAAUGGUUGUCAAAGAGGUGCUGUUUUUACUCAAAACGGUCAACGCUCCUCUCGCCUUGGCAAAGUUGGAGAAGAGUUUACACGAACAUUUUGAAGAGGAGAAGAAAGAUAAAAGCAAAGAGAGAGAAACGAUUUUAGCGCCGUCGAGAGAACAGUUGGCGGUGUGCGUGAACGCGUUGCGAGCGACGGCGUUUGGUAUCGGCGGCGGCGAGGGUAGGGGCGUUCGGGAGAAGAUUCAGACGUGCGGGAUACACGCGACGACGGAGAUUUCGAGGUCAUUUUUUGUGCCGUUUGCGACGGUGGUUUUGAGUGCUCUCGCGCGAGUGCAGAUUUUGGUGUUUCAAUGGUGCGCGGAGUGCGCGGAGUUGCACAACGUGCUCGCCGGUUUUGGAGGGUGUUUGCCUUCGUCUUCGUCUCGUUCGUUCGGGGAGGAGAACGGGGUACCGAAAACGAACGCGUUUAAAGAGGAGUUGGUAGUUGAAUGGGAAAAAGAAAAGACGAAGAAAAAUAAAGAAGAAGAAGAAGAUGAAGAUGAUGAGAAUGAUAAGGAAGAAAAAAAGGACACGAGUGGUCGCUUCAAAGACGUCGUACCUCGCGUGCGCGCGUUCGAGUCUGGCAACGAUAUUUUCGGAUGGGACGAAAAUUGGGCGCCGCUCCUCGUUUCCUCGCCGUCCCGCAUAUCUGCUGUUGUAGCGCAACGACGAGAUAGUUCUAUUACCACUGAAGCAGUAGCAAACGAAAAAGAGGACGAUGUAGAUCUCGGAGCAAAAGUCGAUCGCGAGGGACUCACGAAGCCGCCGACGAUGACGACGAAACCAUCGCCGGCGACGACCACCGUGUCGUUAGGCUUAGGUGUCCCUUUAGUGGACGUCGACAAAGAUUUGCAAAAAAAAAUAGCGCAAUCCAAACCUAACUAUAAGGACGGUCAAGGCCGAGACGCCUCUGGUAAGCGUUCGCUCGACGCCGCGAUGACGAAGAAGGAGAAAAAGUUAAGAAAGAAGGAAGAGAUGGAGAAGAAGCAAAAGUUAGCCGUGGAUCCAGUCGCGCGCUUGAAAGCUAUAUUCGAAGGAUAG